GUUGGAUGUUGAUAGUGCCAGCCGACGGUCGAGUGGCUAUUUCUGUGGUGAUUUCAAGUCUGGCGCGUUUUUCGACGCGUUGUAACAGUGACCGAGUUUUUUCGCAGUGCAACGACGGAUUUACCGUCGCGGUUGGAUUGACACGCACGUUUUCAAACGGGAGGAUAUACACCAGCACCGGAUUUUUAGUGGAAGGUUUCCGGCCGACGUUGCAUGAUUCCAUGCGGACGUGCUGCUCUGUUGUGAUAGACAACGUGGAUCUGUCGAUGGGUUAGAUGUCUGGAAAGGGAGUGGAUGGCCUGACCCAGGAUAACAGAUCCUCACUAGCUGAGGUUGAACACAUAGCUCGCUGAAUAAAGCAGCGUGAUGGGACACGGCAAGAGAUGUAUCUACUUGUUAGCAGUUUUCAUCUCUACUGCCAACGCUGGUCUCUUCUUCCCCGAAGAUUUGCCCACUGCUCUAAACGUGGCCUAUUCCAGAAUUCCAGCUGUAAGGGCUGGUAUCGACUCUCGAUAUGGUAUUGGCUUCCGGAUAGGACCCAACGCCGACUUACAACUGCAGUGGGAAUUGGGACCUCAAGCUGCCACAGCCCUAUUACAAGCCACCAAUCAGGUGGCUGAAAAACGAGAGGCCCAGACAUCAGCUGCCAAACUCCGAGCUGCCAAAAGUCUUCUAAAUAAGCUGACGUCAUCACCCUCGACUCCAGCGCCGGGGGGGAGCGGCAACACCAAGCGAGGGGGUGCAACUACCCCUGAUCCCGACUACGGAGUCAAACAUCUCAGGAAAACUAUACUGUCAAUAUUUGCUGAUCCCUGAUUGGUGGGUGAAUAAUCGUGAAAAGUGUAUGUAAAAUUUGACCUUUAAUUUGUGAAAAGUGGAAGUGAAAUUUGACCUAGUUUGAAGAAAGUGUAAGUGAAAUGACCUAGUUCAUGGAGAAUGUAAGUGAAAUUUAACCUGCUAUUCUGAGGAAAGUGUAAGUGAAUUUGCCUAGUUUGUGAAAAAUGUAAGUUUAAUUGACCUAGUUUGUGGAAAUGUAAGUGAAAUUUGACCUAGUUUGUAGACCGACUUUGUUCUGACCUUGACAAUCUUUUUUCGACUCAAUAGAAACAGCCUUGAAGUAGUUGUCACAGUAUGACCUGGUAACCUAUAAGGGUGAAUAUGUCCUUGACCUUGUAAAAUAUGUUGUAAAUUUCUAGUAUUAUUUAAGAGUUAGUUGAUGCGAAACAGUAGUUGAUUUGUAAUUUGGUUUGAUUUUUUUGUGUUUGAUUAUUUGAUGUAUUUUAUCGUACUUGAGUAACUUGAAAACUUAUUAGAACUAGGAUUGAUACAAAUUUUGGUUCAAGAAUCUAUUCAGCAUUCGCGAUUGUAGGAUGACGUCAUAUCAAAUUCCUACUAACAAAUAACAUUUUUCUACAGGUGAUACAUUUUUAGUGAUAGAGAUGAACAAACGAAACAACAAUACAAUCUUGUUGGGGUAGACUAUAAUAAAACUUGUGAUAGAAAGUUACCAUACUUCUAAAAAACACAACUCACCUGAUUUGAAAUAUUUUCCUCCAAAUUCAACCAAUCGAGAGUUAGAAUGAAAUAGAAUCCCAAAAUCGUAAUAGUAAUUAUUAGAGGCACAUUUUCAGUAUAACGUUGUGGAUACUAAAAUUGUGCCUUGAGAUGUUACCUGUAGGCUACUAUUUAAAUCACUCGGAAAAUAAAGCUAUAUUGCAUGAUUCCUGGAGUAAUAGUCUUGAAAAUUGUAAUUAUAUUGGUUAAUCGCAUCCUGGAUAACGGUUAACAACCUAUAACUAAACAAAGAUUAUUGAACUUUGAACUAUUUUCAACAUGAGGAAGUUAACAUUAUAAAAUAAGUACCAUUUUGUUUCUGAAGAUAAUGUCCAUCGCCCACUUCAGUUUAUUUACAAACAGUUCAAAAAGGUAGUCACUUCAAAAGAUAGACUCUAGCCUAUAUGGUAGAGAGAAGAUACCGUUUAUACAAUUACAUUGCAUUAUUAGUCUCUGCCUAUACACUCCUAGGACCAUACUCAUGUAGGGUGUAUAAGGCCAGAAAUGGUUUAAUAUUCUCAAAUGAUUCGAUGAACGUGUAUAAUACCCUCUUCUGAAUGAGAAUCAUCUUUUAACCGGAGAUACAGUUGGAAUAAUUCAUCAUUCUGCUCAAUAAUAAUUAUUCAAAUUCCCGUUUUUUCAUUAGCAAUCACUGGAAUCAAUAUUGAAAUUGAACCAGUAUUGUUUUUCCAAUACCUAAUACGGUAAUUAGUUAAUAAAUUUUAUAACUUCAAAAUAAAUAGUUAUUUCGAAUAAUCAUUGUUUCUCUGAAGGCUUCACUAUCGUUCACCUCGAAUCGUUACGAACCAACGUCAAUCACUAUUACAACGUGCCAAAGGAGGACAUUAACGUUCGUUUUCUAAAUCAUCAUUACAAAAACAAGAUCGCCUUGAUGCAUGACCCUAAUCAAAUAACUAACUAACAAUACCUUUCUCUCAGUUAUAAUUUCGCCACUAGGAAAACGCAUUACAUCAUAAGAAGUGGAAAGCCGUCAACUGAUCCGUAGCUGAGAACAGUGAGGACUUCCGUUAAAAUUAACUCCGAAGAUACCGUUUAGUGGAACUGGUUAUAUGUGUCAAUCGACAUUGAAAAAACCUACAAGAAACCACAAUUAUCACUUUGUCAUACUUUUCUCAAUGAUUGUGGUACGACCUUCACUAGGGUCUAAUGUGUCUGUCCAAUGAGUUUCUGAUUUCUGAGUACGUGAUGAUGGAGAUGUUAUUAGAAUACUGAUUACUGAGAGCUCAAUAAAAAGUGUUAGAAUGUGAGCCUUCUAUAAUUUUUUUUCAAAAUUUAUGGAUGGUACACGUAUAUUACUAGUGAAUGUAGAAGCCUACCCUUACAUUACUAAGUUUUCCAAUUACAGUACGGUACUCUUGAAGUCUUGAAAUGUUAGAACGGAUUAGAAUGCCUUUCAACAUUCCAUUUCUCUAUAGUUCUCUCCAGUCUGCAUCUCUGGAAUCGUUAUCCUAUCAAUCUCAUCAGACUUAUGAGCGUUGUCGUUUUUCAAACGAAUUUAUUUUUACACAAGAAAGGCACAGUUUUUAAAAUUAUUUUAAUUUCAUGAUUCAUGCUUCAACUUUUGCUAUUUCAAGAGUUACAGUAUCAUAUAUUAUUCCACUCAUAAGAGUAGAAAUGCUUCGAACAAUCCUAAUAGGUUUAUAGGUCAAUAGGUUAUAGCUUUCUAAUAGGUUAUAGGUCAAAUCAAUAGGUUUAUAGGUUACCAAAUCAGCCAACACUUUGAAUAUUUUUGUAAUAGGUUUUCCAAAACUGAGGAACAUAAAUUAUCAGAAAUUCUUCAUUCGAAAUGCUUCUGGGAGAAAUUUUGUUUUGUCAAUGGGGAAAUUUUCAAAUAGAAUUUUUCAUAGGGCUUUAGGACAAGGGACCCGGUCUUGGGAAAGGACAAGGGCAAGGGGAACUCCUAAUCAGCUUAUAAGGACUUUAGGACGAAGGACUCUAGCUUGAACUUCUUCAGAGAAACCUCUUUCAAAUGAACAAUACAAAUAUAUUAAUUACAGUAUUAUUAUAAGAGUCAACUUAUAAUACAUACGUUUUUGAAGUUAUUCACAUAAGUUCAUAAGUUAUUAAGCUUUUAAAUUUUGAAAAGCAGCUCCAAACCGAAAAAAUUAUUGGCCCUUCAUAAUAGAUUCAUAUCAGCUUAGUUCCAAAAUGAUCUUGAAGUUCCAGAAACGUCUAUAUUAUUGCUAUCAACGUCUCGAUCAAACUUUGAAUUUGAAUUCCAACCCCUCACUCCUUGUAUCCUCGAUAAAUAGUAUUGCAAUUAUCUAUUCUCACCAUAUACUCAUAUUUCUCAAGUAGCAUUUAUAAAGUACCGUACCAUUUCUCAUAUAAUUUUGAUUCGGUAAUUUCGCGUUACUCGCAACAUCCCACCCAUUCUAGGUACCAUACCUCAAGGGUCUUAGGAGAUAAUUUCGAAUAAUAACUACUGUGAACCGGUUGCAAUGCUAGACUGAUGCAAGCAAGUGGUGCUGCCUUAGCAAAUGAAUGUCGAUUGUAGAACUGGUUCGCAUUAGAUUACACUACAUUCUACUUACUUCUGUCCAAAGCUUUGCGAAACUCUUUAAAAAGUGUCUCUUCUCUCACUAAAUAGUUGUAAUUUAUUCUUCUCCGUCGUUUCCUUCAUUUUCUGCUUCAAAUGCUCAUUUUCUCCCUCUUCUUCUCUCUCAUUCAUCCUUGCUCUGUUUUUUUAAUUCGUCUACUGCUGUCUACAAUCCAGAGAAACUUCAACCAAUUUUAUUAUUUGGAUUUGAACUCACGAUCAUUUUAGAAAAAUUUGCUUUGGACAACAAAUCGGACAGUGAAUGCCCGAUUUGUACUAGAAAAAUUGGACUUAUGAGGAACAUUGAACUCACUAUCAUUUUAUAAAAUUGCCAACAAAAAAUUUGUACAAAAAUCGGACAAUGAAUGCCCGAUUUGGACUAGAAAAAUUGGAAUUAUGAGGAACAUGUCUAUCACUAAUAAUUCCUAUUCCAUUUUUACCUCUCCGUCCCCUGCCUGUAUUCUCAUUUUCUUUUUCUAAAUCUUUAUUUUACCUAUUCUACUUAUAUAAUUAUUCAUUCAUUGCAAUCUGUAUGAACAAAAAGUAAUUCCAUCCUAUUCAGUCUAAAACCUUUCCCAAUUUCCAAUACUCCACCCGUCCACCCAUCCUCCUUCUACUCUUUCCCUCUCUUCCUCAUAAAUAACCAAUACUGAGAAUAAAAUAGAAGAUGAUUAUGGAUAGGGAAGGAUGGAGGAGAAGGAACAGAAUAAGAAGAUGAAGAAAAUGUGGAGAUGUAUAAAAGUGUAGAAGCAGAAGAUGAAUGAGUAAACAACUUUUUUUCUUCUCCAACCUCACCCUUUCAUCUUCCUUUUGCUAUUCUUACAAUUAUAUAAUUAUUUUUCCUCUCUUUUUUCCUCCACCUUCCUUCCUUCUUCUUCACUUGUUCUUCUCCCUCUCACUAUCAUCUUCAUCAUCUCUUCAGUUUUCUUCUUAUUCUACUUUUCUGGAUUCAUUUCUUCUUCUCGUCGUCCUCUUUCUACUCCUCUUCCUCCCACAAAACUCUUUCAGGCUCUCCCGACUCUCAAAAUCUGAAAGAAGUGUGAAAAAGAUGACGUAUAAUAGUAGGCCUAUGCUCUUGUAACAUCUAAUCUGUGCUAAGACUCUGGCUGACAGGCUGAUGAUGAUGAUGUACUAGCCUGCAAAACCUGAACUACUGGGUAAUUUUCAAAGGUCGCCUCUUACACAUUAGUGAAGGAAGUGUAACAUUUCCAGCUCAAAUAGUUAGUUAUUAAGAACUCUCGUCUCCACUUAUAGUAAUAAUCGCCCUUAAAUAAUAUUUUCCUCCUCUAUAAACUGUUCAAACUUACUCUCAUUCUCGUAUUCGCUCUUCCACUUCUCUUUCUUGUUAUUCUCUAAUUUUCUCCUUCUCUUUUAUGCCUUAUUUCAAGUUUUAUUCCUCCUUCUCCAAUCACAUUCCUUAUCUUUCCACUCCUUUUUACCUCAUCGUAUUCUUUCUUAUAUUGUCUUUCUUCACUAAGUUCUUGAUUUUUCACUCUUCUUUUCUCUGUUAUUAUUUUCUUAUCCUCUUCAAGUAUACUCCUGAGAGGAUGACAAUCCUCUUCUCCAUAUAUAUUCAUAAGAAUUCUCCAAUACAUCAUAGUUUCUAUGCCAACGUGUUUUCUUUGUGAUUCCUUAUUUCUCCUUUCUAAUUAUUGAGCUUAUCCUUUCUCUAUUUCUCUCUCUCUCUCUCUCUCUCUCUCUCUCUCUUAUGUAAAUUUUCUCUUAUUUUGUAAAGGGUCGUGUGGCAGAGAGGACCAGGUCCUAACUCCGCCCUAAUAAAGGCAUAUAAUAAAUCAAUCAAUCAAUCAUUCAAUCAAUUUAUUGAGAGUUUUUGGGUUAAGUGGAAAAGGGAGAUCUUAUUGCCACAACUUUACUCACAUCACACUCAAUUUAAUAAAGAGUAAAUAAGAAGACAUUAUUUAUCUAUCUAUUUAUCAAUAUAAUAUCUAUCUAUCUAUCAUGGUACUUUCUAGACCUUCCUCAUUUCGAUCUUACUCUUCUAGAUUCUUCUUCUCUCUCCUUCAUCUUCCUUUAUUCCAUCUCCUUCAGUAAGUUUUUGUUAUCUCAAUUUACGGUCUCACUUUUCUAGAUUCUUCUUCUCCCUCCUUCAUCCUUUUCCCAUUUUAUAUUUGAUAGUCUUCAUCUUCUUUCUUUUCUCUCCCUUUUUCUUUCCUUCUCUGCCUCUUCUUCUCUCAAUUUUCUCUCUCUUUGUCGAGAAGGCCUACUACACAUGUCUUGUCAAUCCACUCAAGCUCUUGAGUUUUAAAAUCAAAUGCACUAUUAGUUGGACUAAUUUUUUACGACCGCUAAUAAAUAUGACGAGCAUUAACCUGUUCCACUCCAUCAAUCUUGAUUCUAUGUCAGACAAGUGAAGUUUAUGUCUCGGUAUUUACAUAAGUGUUAUUUGAGCUCUAACAGUUUCAACUAGUGCUUGGUAAUGGUGAUUUCACUCCCCGAGUGUAAAACAAAAUGGCAGUACGCGCUAUUAAUCGCAUACUUGAUUACAUGAUCUUGCUCUAUAAUCGUAAAAUUAUGAGCUGAAUUCAAUUUUACAUCGCAAAGUUGUAGGCUAAGUGUGGAAUAUUGGAAAUUGACUUUGAUGUAAGAAAUUCAUGAGAUAUUACAGUAUUUACUGAUAAUGUUGUGAGUAGUUCGUCUAGCUAAUCAAAAAAUUUAGAUUUCAUCAUCCAAGUGCCCCCCCCUUCCAAGCAUAAGGACGGACCUCCCCCUGAAUAUCUCACAUUUUAGUAUUAACCCCCCCUAAAUAUCUCACAUUUUAGUAUUUACCCCCCUCCAAAAAAACCUCAUCCUCGCAAAAAAAUCUUUAGUCGUUAUUGAACCCUGCUGACUUUUUUUGGGACCCCCCAAAGAAUGCAAAGAAUGGUUAUUGAACAUCCCCAAGAAUUUCAAGGACGCAGUCUGCUUUUUUUAUAUCUUUUAAAACGUCCCAUUUUUAAUACUUGAGUGAAAUCCUCCAUUCAAUAUAUAUACCAUCUAUAUAAUGUUAUAAUACCAGUGUAAAGUAUUAUAUACGGUAC